GUAAAGGAAGGAAGGAAGGAAGGAAGGAAGGAAGGAAGGAAGGAAAGAAAGAAAGGAAGAAAAAAAGAAGGGAAGAAAGGAAGGAAGUAAAGAAAGGAAGGAAAGAAAGAAAGAAAGAAAAGGAAGGAAGGAAGGAAGGAAGAAAAAAAGAAGGGAAGAAAGGAAGUAAAGAAAGGAAGGAAGAAACGUAUGUAUGUACAGUAGAGUCUCACUUAUCCAAGCUAAACGGGCCAGCAGAAGCUUGGAUAAGCAAAUAUCUUGGAUAAUAGGGAGGAAUUAAGGAAAAGCCUAUUAAACAUCAAAUUAGGUUAUGAUUUUACAAAUUAAGCACCAAAACUUCAUGUUAUACAACAAAUUUGACAGAAAACGUAGUUCAAUACCCAGUAAUGUUAUGUUGCAAUUACUGUUAUUUACGAAUUUAGCACCAAAAUAUCACGAUGUAUUGAAAACAUUGACUACAAAAAUGGCUUGGAUAAUCCAGAACGUUGGAUAAGUGAGACUGGGGGGAAAAAAACAAAGGGGUCGCGCAUGUGCAUUGCACGCAUGGAAGCUGAGGUAAAAAAAAAAGGCGGCCAAAUGGCAAGCAGCGAUUGGACGGAGCGGGAAGGAUAAUGGAGCCGCGCGUGCGCAGUGCAGACAUGGAAGAUGAGGGAAAAGGGCGGUAAGAAGGCGAGCAGGGAUUGGACGGAGAGGAGGCGAUAAAGCGGCCGCGCGUGCGCAGUGGAGACAUGGAAGAUGAGGGGGGGAAAAGGGCGGUAAGAAGGCGAGCAGCGAUUGGACGGAGAGGAGGCGAUAAAGCGGCCGCGCGUGCGCAGUGGAGACAUGGAAGAUGGGGGGGGAAAAGAGCGGUAAGAAGGCGAGCAGCGAUUGGACGGAGAGGAGGCGAUAAAGCGGCCGCGCGUGCGCAGUGCAGACAUGGAAGAUGAGGGGGGGAAAGAGCGGUAAGAAGGCGAGCAGCGAUUGGACGGAGAGGAGGCGAUAAAGCGGCCGCGCGUGCGCAGUGGAGACAUGGAAGAUGAGGGGGGGGAAAGGGCGGUAAGAAGGCGAGCAGCGAUUGGACGGAGAGGAGGUGAUAAAGCGGCCGCGCGUGCGCAGUGCAGAGGCUGGCUCUGAGGCAUGCGGGGAGGCUGGUGGCGGGCCUUGCUGGCGGCGCUGCUGGGCGUGGCGGCGGAGGCGCUGGCGGGCUGGCUGCUCCGGCGGCGGCGGGAGGGCUCGGCGGUGCGCGAGGCCCUCUUCUUCCCCUCGCGCGCGACCUGCGUGGAGGCCUUGCUGGCCGAGGAGGGCCUGGCGCCGCCGCGGCCUUGCGCCUGCCCGCUCCCGCACCAGGAGAGCCCGCUCAGCCGCCUGCUGGCCCGCCUGCUCUCCGCCCGCAGCUCCCUCGACCUCUGCGUCUUCGCCUUCUCCAGCCCGCAGCUCCGCCGCGCCGUCGUCCUCCUCCACCAACGCCGAGUCCGCGUCCGAGUCGUCACCGACGCCGACUACAUGGCGCUCAAGGGCUCCCAGAUCGGGAUCCUCCGGGAAGUCGUUUUGCUUUUUAUAGGGAUUCAGGUACGUCAUGAUCAAGAGACCGGCUACAUGCACAAUAAGUUUGUCAUCAUUGACAAAAAGGUGCUGAUCACUGGCUCUUUGAACUGGACCACUCAAGCCAUCCAAAAUAACAGAGAGAAUGUCGUCAUCACAGAUGACAAAGUAUUUGUGAAUAUUUUUCUGGCAGAAUUUGAGAAGAUUUGGGAGGACUAUAAUCCAACUAAUUAUACAUUUUUCACCAACUGAGGAAAGCUGGUAUUGAACAAGAAUAAAAGUACCAGGUACAAAAAUAGAACUUUGCAAAUGACCAAAGUUUUGGUUUAACUGUUAUUCCACAUGUUAUUUUAAAAUAGCGUUUAGUGAUGAGAGAGUAGCCAAGAUAUUGUUUUCUGGAAUAAGUUGUUUUUUGUGAACAGAAUAUAAAUGCUAGUGUUUACACUGGAAAACAAACAAAUCCAGAAGUUGCACAUAAGGUAGUGUGCUGUAUGAAUUUGUUACUUAUGUGUUUUCUUCAAAUUUCAAGAAGAAUUUUAUUUUGUCUUCCAGAGUGUUUAGCUUCAAUAUGAUGGUUGCUGUUAUGAUAAAAAAAUGUUGAAAGUAAGGUCAUAAAAUGUUGAAUUUUUCUAA